AUGGAAGACCAUUCAAAUCACAUCCUGUAUUGUAAAAGAAAAUUUUGGCUGUGUGUUGGACAAAACAGUUGUAAUAUCAGCUUCAUCAGUAGAAACUACCCUAUGACAAUAGAAAUUCCCUUCGUUUGUAAAGCAGAGUCGAAUAUGAUAGAUAUCUAUAAACCGGUAUCCAAUUGUCGAGUUCCUUAUUUAGACUUGUAUCUAUCUGGUGACGAACACCACGGAGAAAACUUAAACUGUGAUUGUACUGUCAGCAUAUCCAAUACAUCACUUCCGGUUUAUCUGUAUGUGUAUUUUAUAAACCUUAGUGUGUCCUCGUGCGGUAAUGUAUCCAUUACCUGUAAUGGUCAGUAUAUAUUAAACUGUUCUAACAGUGGACUACAGAGUUUAUCCCAGUCAAUGGGGGCGAUUGAUGGUGAAUUUAAGAUACAGAUGACGAACCUGGUGGUGGACGGUGGUGAUAUGAUGUAUCUGACUCUAGGAGGUAGGGGUGAUUGUGCUAUGGAUGUAAAAUGUAGCGGGUGUGACGAUAGUAUAUCAAUAGAAACCAGUACCUUCAAUCCCGAUGAGGUUACCACAGAAUAUAAGAUAACGUAUGAAUCUAGUCAACUAGGGGAGCGUACAACCAACGAAUACAUCCAUAUUGAUAACUGCACGACAGAGAUUCCAUACAAGGGAGAUAAUACUUUUCUACUAAGUUUAGAGGGCACGUCGACAAUUGAGAUUACAACAGAAAAAUCUAAUACCACAGACCGCUUCUCGACAGUUGAGAUUACAACAGAAAAGUCUAAUUCCACGGACCACAUCUCCUCAAUUGAGGUUACAACAGUAAAGUCUAAUACCACAGACCGCUUCUCGACAGUUGAGCUUACAACAGUGAAGUCUAAUACCACGGACGAUACAGGAGAUGACCACAACAACGAAUCAAUUGAUAAAUACAUAAUAUAUGGAAUAUUGGCCGCUUUGUUGGUUAUUAUUGUCGUGGUUGUUUUAUCAGGCUUAUGCCACUCAAGAUAUAAAAGUCAAGAGGUGAUGCAGGAAGAUGGAGUAUUUUUUACACGGAUAGAUUCCCGACACCCAGAAGUGAUUCCGUUAUCUUAUACUAAUUAUAGCUAUAUUGGAGAAGGAGAGCAGAUUUCACAAACAUGA